AUGCUGAAUACAGAGAUUGAAGCACAAACAGAGGCUCUAACACGGCUCAAAUAUAGCGUGUUUGAGAAUAUAGAAGAAAUCAGGUCAUUGCUGGCAGAGGAUGAUGAGCUGACAUCCAUUGAGCUGAAAAAAGAGACCCUCACCAAGCAAGCACAUAGCUCGAUUAGUCAAAUGAGUGAUCUCUUGAGCGUCCUUGAGCUUUUAAUCCUCCAAUGUGCUCCAAGAUCCGCUGAAGAGAACUUGCUUUGGGAAAAGCUUUCGAUUCACAAAUUGACGGUGCAGCAUUUAAAGGAUAAGCUCAAGGAUAGCCAGAUUGCAGCUUACGAACAACAAAGCAAACAAGUUCAUGCUCAAAUUCUAGAGGAGUAUGUUAACAAAUGGAGGGCUGAGGAAGGAGACACAAGAGACCAGUUGUUUGCUGGAAGAUCGGCACAACCAACAGGCGAGAAGGAAAAGCCUAUUGAGGAGCAGGUGCUCAACAAAAAUGAAAGUAUCACCAACAACUUGAAGUUGACCCAUCAACUCAUGCAAAUGUCCGUGGCACAAACUGAACUCAACAUUGACACUAUCGGCCAGCAGACAAAGGAUCUCAGCACUUUGAACGAUAAGCUUGUUGAUUUAGAAUCCUUGUUGAAUAAGUCAAGGCAGAUCGUGAAGUUCAUUGAGAAGCAAGACAAGCACGAUAAACGGCGCAUUUACUUGAGCAUAGGUUUUCUUCUCACAUGCUUCGCUUGGGUGAUAUGGCACAGAAUAUUAAAGCUACCCACGAAAAUACUUCUUUGGACUUUGCUUAGAGCAUUUGGAGUCGUUACCUGGGCCACUUCGAAGAUGAAUGCUUCAGACACGGCUGACUCCUUGCUGCAAUCAAGUGGGAUUGCUAUCUCCUCAGCAUCUCAUCAGGCUUUGUCAAUUAGCAGUUUUAUAAGUACCGUAUCUUCAGCGACCGAGACCUCAACUCGAAGCGAGGCAUUGUCCAUCAUUGAGGAGAUCACAUCCUCUAUAAUUGAAGACAUCGAAAGCGCCCUGCGCCAAACUGAGCGCUUUUCUACCGAAGAAUUGAGUGAAACCUCUUGUGGAAUAUCAGAACCUCGGAGUGAGAUUGACAGCGAGGUCAAGCUGGUGACCACAAAGGAGCAAUAUACCACAACGCCACUGACUAUGAUUGAAACAAGAGCGCUCCAGACAAACUCAUCAAAUCAUAAGAGCGGGGAUAUUGAAUUGCGUGAUGUGCUGGAAACAACAGUGAAGAUGAGUGCUCUUGAAGAUAAUUCUGUCACUACAGUUGACACAUCUAGUACAUUUACAUUUCGAGAAAGCGACCUCAGAGAUUUGGGUAUCAAGAAAUGGAACAACGAAGAAAAUUUUCAUGAUGAACUAUAA